AUGGCGGUCGCACAUCCAGCCAUCGCUGUUCAUGUCGCUGUUGAUCCACGCACCCAAGGACUUCCUAAUGAUGACUGUGAUACCGAUGAUGAGUUGUAUCAUAGCGAAGUCAGCGAUGAAGAUACUAGAGACAAAUCAGAAGACGAUAGUGACGUGGAAGAGGCGUUUGAUAGCGAGUUUGAAGGUACAGGGGACGACGAAGAUGAGCACUUCAAUGAAAGCGACGUUGACGGCAGUGACUAUGAACGAGCUUCAGACGAUGAGACGUCUGAGAUCGACAGCGAACAUGAAGACGGCGGGUUAUCACACUAUCAAUCUAUUAGCAAUGUUCAGAUACAGCCAGCUGGCUACGCCCAACCAGCUCCCACCGUUCCAGAGACACUGAGACCAGGACCGAAAGGCGGUAAUCCGCAGGUAAUGCCUCCACAGCAACGCCGAAAUUCUAGUCCGAAAACUCAAGUGCAUCCAUAUACGCCUUCUGAAUUGCGACAAGCAGAUCAGCGCCAGGAUAUCCCUAUUCAACACCAGCGCUUCCAGGAUGAUGCUCCGUUUCCUCCACAACCUGCGCAAACCUCACUAAUAAGCAUGCCACCAUGGCAGCAGCCCGACCAGUGUUCGAUGCAAGAGGAGGGAGUGGAAGAUGAACAUGAAGAAGAAGUUGAAGAAGCAAAAGGAGAGGAAGAAGGCACCGACGAUUAUGAUGAUUUAGCGCUGGGACCGAUCGUUCAAGGACAAAUGCAGAUGCCAGCUCAGAACCAGGUGUUCGAGCAACAACAUCAAGAGCAAAUGAGACUUGCACUGGCACAGAAGGCUUCAGAUGAGCGGAUGGCGCAAGAACGAGAAGAGGCCGCAGCCGCGGCAGAAGAAGCGCACUAUCAAGCACAGCGACAAGAGAUACAAGCUCAAAGACAGGAAAUCGACAGGAAACGCCAAGAGAAUAUGCAAGCCGCUAUGCGACAGAAACAGCUGGCGCAGCAGCAAGCACAGGAAGAAGAGGAAGCAGAAGACGAACUCGCAGCACAGCAAGAAGCUGCAGAUACUGCGGCCAACGAGGCUGCUCAGCGCAAGUUUGAAUAUGAACAACGUCAGGAGGCAAUUCACAUGCAACGAGCGCAGCAAAAGCAUACAGAUGAUGAACUCGCUGCCAGGGAAGAUGCGGAUUGGGCUGAUCAGGAAGCUGAAAAGGCAGGAGCACAGCAGCAGGCCUUCCAGCAACAGCAACAGUGGCAAGAACAGCAAACAGUCGAAGACGAUGAUGCAGAGUAUCAGGCACAAGAACAGGCACAGUACCAACAGCAACAGUUGCAAGAACAACAAAAAGCCCAGGAAGCUGCAGAUAAAGCUGCCCAGAAGCAAGCAGCAGAAGAGGCUCGCCAGUUCGCAAAGCAAGAGAAAAAUGCGAAGAAGGCGGAGGAGAAGGCACUGAAAGAUGAGGAAAGAGCUAGGGAGAAGGCACGAAAGGACGAAAAGAAGGCUGAAGAGAAGGCGCGAAAAGACGAACAGAGAGAGAUUGAUCGAGAGGAGCGUGACACUCGUCGACUGGAAGACCAGGAGGCCAAACGCGAGAGAAAGGCCGACGAUGAGCGGAGGAAAGACCAGCGCGAGAUGGAUCGCGAAGCCCAGAAGGAUAAGCGGGCGAAUGAUAUGGAGAUGAAAAGGAAACGAGCAGAAGAAAUGCGGGAACGCAAAGCCGAGGAUGUCGCUCAGCGACAACAGCAACAGGAAAUAGACAGAGAAGCCCGCAAGACUCAAAGAGAACUCGAUGCGGCCGAGAAGACACAAAGAGCCCAGGAGCAAGCCGAGCUCAGAGCGGAAGAAACAUCUCAACGCGUUGAGGAACGCUCCAUAACACAAGAGGCCAGAAAGGCAGAACGAGAGGCCCAGAGGCAGAUGCAUUUAGCUGAGAAGCAGUCUAUGAUGGACGAUAAGGCUGCCGAAGCUACCCAUCGUAUGGAAGAACAUGCCAUGGAGCAAGAAGGAAAGCGUGCUGAGCGGGAAAGCGAGGUCCAGAGACGCCAGGCCGAACUAGAGGACAAGAAGGCUCGACGAGCCACUGAAUCUGAGGAGAAAAGGCUGAGAAAGGAGAGCGAAGAUGAAGAGCGAGCACACAAGAGGGCGGCUGAUCAGGAAAGGAAGACUCAUCAACAAGAGGAGAGGCAGCGCAUGCAGGAGGAGGAGGACGAGCGACGCAUGGAGGCUGACAGUUCCAUGAGAAGUCUGCAAGCCGAUGGAAAAAGGGCAGCUGGAGGCCAUGAUUCAGCUCAAGGACAACAUAGUCAACAAGACGGCAUCUAUCGGGGUGCCAAUCAUGGCCAACAACGAGGAGGACAUCCAGAUAUGCAGCACGGCGAUUCCAGAGGUCAUGAUCACCAAGGCGGAAAUUAUCAAGAUCACACCAAACAAAGACAACAGGGUCGACAAGACAGUCACCAUUGGGACGGUAACCAUGGUCAUCAACAGGGAAGAUACCCAGAUACACAACGUGGCGAUCCUAGAGGUUAUGAUCAUACGGGCGGAAAUUAUCCGGAUCACGCCAAACAAGAACACGGUGGCGGACUACAUCAAGCAAGACACCCAGAUAUGCAGCGCGGCGAUCCUAAAGAUCCCGGUCACCAAGGUGACAAUCAUCCAGAUCACGCCAGCCAUGGACGUAGUAAUGAACUAUACGGUAUGCACAGCAUACCUGGACCAGAGCAAUACGCAAAGGCGGAGCGAGAAGCACAAGAGGCAAAUGCAAUAGCAGAGAAAAGGGCAGACAGACAAAAGAAGAAGGAGGAGGCGAAGAAAGCCAAGGCUGCGCAGAACCCUAGUACCCCGAAUGCCCAUGUUAAAGGUGCCCACGACGGAAAAAGCGCGAUUGCAACCGAUGCCCAACAGCAGCCUGGCAUAGAUCGAGAGUUGGUCUUGCAGCUGAGAGCUGCGAGGAAAAAGGCAAAGAAGGCAAGCAAGACCGCGGGGAAUGACGCCAAUUCUCAACACAAGAGCGCAGGGGAACCGGUUAAGGAAGGCACAGACGUCGCGCAAAAAGAUGCUGCUAAACAACCUGCGGGUACGGAGGCUGAGAUCAAGAAAAAUCGGGCCGAGAGGAAAGCAGCGAAGCGAGACAAGAAAGCCGCGAAGAAGGAAGCUAAUGCCCAGAAAGAGGCUGCUGUCUCGAGUGCCAAAGAUGGCAACACGACUAAAGAUCAGAAGGGCGCAGAUGGUCCAACCAAGGGGAAGCAGAGCGCAGAAGACAGCGCAAAGACUAAUCAGAAGAUUGCCAACCAGACAAUUACCAACCGGACGAUCAACAACGGACAGGGUACGGACGACAAGACCGAGAAAGGAUCCCCGACGAAAGAUAUCAUCGAGAAGAAGAGAUCCAAAAGAAAGGCUAAGAAAGAGCAGAAGGAUGCUGAACAUAAGAAGAGUGAGAAUGGUGGAACGACGUCAGACAGUACAGACGCAGACUCCAAAGUCGCCAAGAAGAAGGCUAAGGAUGAGCAGAAGGAGGCGGAUGCAAAGAAGAAAGCUGAAGCGAAGGAAGCAGCUUUGAAACUGAAAAUGGCGCACAAAGCUGAGAAAGCUAACGAGAAGAGCGAAAAGAAGGCGGAUGAGAAGGCUGCUAAAGAAGUUGUUCCAUUUACCAACAAGCAUGCCGAUAAUUCUGGGGAACCAAGUGCUGCGAAAGCUGAGAAAGAGGCUAAAAAAGAGGAAGAGGCCCAGGAGAAGCUUGAGGCCAAACGGCUCGCAUCUGAGAAGAAGCCGCACGACAAGGAGGAGAAAUCGAAUCACAAGUCUCUCAUAAAGCAUGAGUCCUCUGAUGCCAAGAACGCCGACAAAGCAGAGCAGCAAAGACAGAAGCUCGCAGCAAAAGAAGCGGCCAAGAACAAGGAGACCGAAGCAAAGCAACUCGCAAUAGACAGCAGGCCACAUGAGGAGGAGCAGAAGCCGGAUCACAAAUCCAGCGCGAGUAGAUUCCGUUCGCAUGAAAGCCAUACACAGACCUCUGAACAUCGACAAGUUAGCAUAUUCAGAUCGAGCGCGAAACAUGAGGCCUCGGAUACCAAAGAGGCCGACAAGGCGGAGCGACGGAAGCUGAAGACAGCAGCCAAAGAAGCCGCAAAGGGACAGAAGCUCAUAAUGCAAGCCGAAGCAAAGGAACAAAAGCUCAUCAUGCAAGCCGCAGCGAAGGAGCAGCGUACAGCCUUUAAUAAAGCCACAAAAGAACAGAGGCUCACAACGCAGGCCACCGCCAAACAAGGAGCCGCCGCACGAAGAGAGGAAGAAAAGGAAGAGAAACGAAAGCAGAGAAUAGAAGCCCGGUCAAAGACUGAUCAACCGAAACAAGAGCAAAGUCUAGUCAAAUACGAAAAGAGAGAGCAAGAUGAAGCUGCUAAGAAACAGCAGAAGCAAAGGGAAGAGGAAGAGAAGCGCAAGAAGAAGGAGGAAGCCCACGCCGAAGCAGAGCGGCGGAAAGCAGAACAGGCGAAGCUUAAAGCAGGAGAAGAAAAGCUUAAAGCCGAGCGGAAAGACAAGGAGAAAGCUGCAAAGGCAGAGAAGGCUAGUCUAGCAGCAGCUGAGAAGGAGGAGAAGAAGAAGCAGGCUACAGCCGAGGCAGCUCGUCGAAAAGCAGAACAGGAGAAGGCCAAAGCUCAGCAGAAAGAGAAGAAAAAAGCUACAAAGACAGAGAAGGAGAAGGACGCCGCGUUUGAGGCAGAGCUUACUAUGGAGCUUAAUAUAGAUCAGAAACAAUGGAAGGUGGAAGAAGAGAAAAAGACACCUUGGCAAAGGGAAUAUCAGAAGAUGGCGGAUGAGGAUCACAAGAUCAGAUCCGGACUUGAUACAGAGUAUGAGCAUUAUAAGCAUGAAGAGGAGAGGAAGAAGGAUAGCUUAGCAGCAGCUCACCAGAGGAAGGAACAGGAGAAGUUUGCUAAACAGAGGCAACAUGACAGGGAGAAGACGUUGGCUGCUCAAAUAAAAGAGGCGAAGAAGAACGCUGCGAAGAGUGCUGCGAAGAGUGCUCCGAAGCCGGCGACAAAGGCCAGGCCUACAGGUGUAAGGAAGGCUGCCCCUGCUGGGAGGCGAAGGUAGAUGCCAGGUCGAGACUGUUCGGUAGAGGAUAUAGCAAUGAUGUACUGGUGGCAUGCAGGUUCUUCCGCGAUAUAACCGGCGUC